AUGUGCCAUGUUUCAGCAUCAAUCAGUAUUAAUGAGAGAGACAACCGGCUUCGUAUUGUAACUGAUCACAAUCAUGAUCCAGAAGCAAUUAACUUGGAUGUUCCAUUCUUGAGGAAUGCACUUGGUGAAAGAGCUGUUGACCGCACAGUUACAACCCCAUCAGUUCGCGGUCUUUAUAACAGUGAAAUAAUUAAACAUCCUCAAGCUGCCAUAAGCUAUACAUUCCUCCAGACACAAUCCAGAGCAAAAAGAAUGAGACAAUCAAGGCGCCCACAGUUGCCUCAGAACAUCCAUGAACUCUCAGAAAUGCUGAGCGACCCCCGAAAUUCAAAUUACGCUUCUACAUUCCAAAUUCCUUCCUCAGCAUUUUUCAAUCAAGAAUUGAUUGUAAAUGGAGUAAGUGUAGGUGUAAUUUUUGCAAACAUUUCUGCAAUUGAAAAAUACCGUCAAGAGUUGGCUACAGUAGAGAUGGUUGGAAUAGAUAGUACAUAUAAGACAAUUCCUCAAGUGCCAGGGGACUUGCGAUGUUUUCUGACAUUUCAAGUACUCUACAAAAGUGUAGCAUUCCCAAUGGUCUAUGUCCUUUUGGGGAGUGAGACGGAAGAAACAUACUCUGCGUUAUUCACUGUCAUACGCAAUAUUCUACCACUGAAUUAUGACAGAAUCCGUUUUGUAACUGAUUAUGAGCGUGCUCUUAUGAAUGCUGUCCAGCGAAUAUUUCCAAACAGUGAAUUGCUCUGCUGCUGGUUCCAUUUUUCACAGUCAGUUGUUCGAUAUUGUCACCGAAAAGUUAAUGGUGUCUUAAAUUUGGUGAAGAGGCAUGAAGUGGCAGCUCGUAUUUUCAGAAUGGUAUUAGCAUUGCCUCACCUACCGGCUGAAAGGGGUAAUCCCGGGUGCCCUAAUUUUUGUAUGGAAGAUGGGUUUCAUACAAUUGUCGCGUACACCUUACAGUUUCCUGACAUCAAAAGACUGAUUAUUGUUGAAAAUCAGUUCUAUGUAGAAUUUCAACAGCGCACAAAUAACCUCACGAUUAGAGACGGUACUUCCAGAUCUCUAAGAGAAAACGCUACGCGGAUCAUAAGAGAGUCGGUACAACAACUCAACAGAGACAGUGACCUAUUAAUGUUUUUGAGGAGGACUGGUCACCGAAAUGAUGGGUAUGUUCAAGAACAGAUUGGACCUUAUCCCUGA